AUGGUGAACCAUGCAGGUAUACCGCGUAGUUGGCGGCGGGCGCGAAGGGCUCGGCAAGAUCCUACCCAGCAACAGCAGCGUCACCAGUACCGACAGCAACCGCAACCGCAGCAACAACAACAAUACGGCGCAUAUAAUCAACAGCAGCAGUUCCAAUACAACCCACACGCGCAAGAUGGCUUGGGCUAUGCCACGCAGCAAAUCGCGAAUGGGAAUCAGUAUGGCAACAGCAUGGUCAAUGGAUCUGGCACAAACUAUGGUUAUGCUAGUCAAUCACAGACUUGGUAUCCCGGAGUCUCAUACGACCCCACUAUGAACGUAGUGGUGCCGGGUGACUACUCUCCCAUGCCGGCGUAUCCAUAUAGCUAUGGUGUGCAGAAUUAUCGAUACAUGGUCAACGCACAGCAGUCAUGGCCUUCACCGCAGGAACUCGGUCAUGUGGGAUACUAUGCAGGCUACAACCACCAUCAACACAGUAGACAUCGGGAUAACAGUCAUCGAAAUAAUUCUCGGGCUCAUCGCGACAACAACGCGCUGCAAAAUCAGCAAGGUUCUGGUUCGCCUGAUCAAAUCCAGACUUUCAUGCCGGACCACUACCGACCAACCUAUACCGGCGAAGCUGAUUCAGAUCUCCCCUACGACGGUCAGUCGGCUCAAGACAACGUAUCUCGCCGACCUUUGGUUGCAAGUCGACCGGGAGUAGAAGGUAAACGCCUAGAUCCCAGCGUGAACAUGGAGCCCUUGUCUUCGUACGUGCAGCAGAUGGCAGACUAUGAGAGGCAGUAUCCCAAGCCACCCGCCUUCUCCGAUCCAUACGCGCUUCCACAGGAUACGGUGCCGUUCGCCCAGCGUCGUGUUCCUGGCGUUCGACCCGCGAGUGCGAUGAAGUUCAUUCCAGGCCACCGAGCGCUGUCAGAUAUUGAGAAGUUUGAUCGGAAUAUCCGGGAAUUGCCUGUAGAGGAGCAAGACGUCCGCGAGAGGGAGGACAAGGUUGAACAGCAGGUCGUCGAUGACCAGCGAGCAAACGGAAAACAGGUGUUGUCACACGCUACUCGACAGACUCAAGCAAACGAAGAGCGCAACUUCACGUCUCGAGAACAAACAGAAGCUUCUUUCGAAUUGCUUAAGAAGGCAAACUUGCCGGGACAAGCUCCCGCAGAACAGCUCAAUAAGCCAGUCAAGGACAAGAUGGACCGAAAAGCUGUUCCAGCCACACCACAUGGCCCGUAUCUCUCAACAACCAAGACGCCAGCCUCGUCACCCCCUCCAAAACGCAUCAAAGAAGAACCCGUCACCUCGCCAGUUCCAGAAACUGGGAAGUCGACCAUUGCCACUACAUCAGCAGUCAUCAGCCGCCCCGCAGACAACGGCUGGGGCAACUUCUACGCCCACAUCCGCCAAGAUGACAAGAACAUGGUCGUCCAGUUACAACGGGAUCUCGGGCGCAUGGGCGGGAAGGCCUUUCGACCUGAGAUACGAGAGACGUAUAAGGAUCAACAGGGACAUAGUGAGGUGGCGGUGCAUGAGAAAAUUGCUGGCAACACGGCAGUCAAGGCGGGCGAGGAAGAAGAAAAUGAGGAUAUGGAUGGAGGUGGUGUUGAGAUUGGAGAUGAGCAGUUGGUAGGGGUAGUUGGAAAGGAGUAG